GUGAAUGAAGUAAACAUCCCUAACCAGCAGACAUGACCAGACCGACCAAAAAAAUUUGCUUUGUUUGCAGCACCCCCUACGCCACCUAUAUACUGUACACCAAGCCCCACAAUCAGGAGCCGUUUUUCCCAUUCCUGGAGAACCAUGAUCCACCCAAAGGCUCCACGCGGCCAGGACCUCAAGGGGAGGUGGAUGCAUGUUUCAUCUGCUACUCAUUCCUAAUACAACAAUGGAAAAACUACGAGAAGUCUCGCACUCCAUCUAUCAAACGCCUGUACUGGCUGAAGAGAAUGGACAACGGCCAUUUCACUGGGGCUGAGAUGCAGCUCCAGGGGGAGUAUGCUGCACAGUUGAUGGGUUUGGCCUACCACCCCCAGGGAUUGGCAGCCAAUAUGGGGUAUGAAGAGGGGGUGGGGGUGCAGUAUAGCCAACCCACCCCACCAGCGAUGCCCCAGGGGCAUAAACCCCCUGGGUACCCAGUACCCCCAGCUUUCAUCAAUGAAGAGAAAACCAGCGAUGCAUUAGAUUUGUCCUCUCAACCUCCUAGUAAAAAACCUGAAUCCCUGAUGCCAAAGAAUAGCCAACCUUUGAAGAGGUCAAGCAGCAAGUCUUCGACCAAGUUUGAUGCUGGAAAAGGCAUGAGAUGUUACACCUGUGGGAUUGGAAUUACUGAUGGUAAAUCUCAUGUUAUUUGCUCUAAACAGUAUAGUACUAGAAUGGAACCGACUUUUCCAUUCCUGGAGAAAACGUCCCCUGUAGAGGGCGCUCUUCCUCUUGACCCCUAUGGGAGGACCAAAGUCUGUAAUACGUGUUUUGAGAAUUUGCUGUCUCAGUGGCGGUACUACGAGUACACAAGGAUGCCAGAAGAAUCACGGGAAUAUAGAUUACCUGGUGACAAGAAUUACCCCUUGCAGUCGUCUCAGGUUUUAUCAACAUAUGGAGCCUCUGCCAGUGAAGUAUGCUAUUUGUGUGGUAGUGUCCAGGAUUUGACAACACUGAAACGGCUCAGUGUGCACCCAUCUGAAGAGAAAUAUCACAUGCAUUUUCCUUUCAUAGCAAAGGUUCAACCUAAUAGGCAAGCAAGGCCAGUUGAUGCAAAGGGGCGUGUGCUUGCAUGUCGCACAUGUUUCCUGGCAUUGAAGCAACAGUGGGAAGCUUAUGAAAGUGAAGGAGUUUCCCUUAGUGAGAGGAAAUAUUCUCUUUCUGCUACCACAUCCGUUACCUCUGACACAGUAAGAGUUAAACAAGAGAACCAACAACCAAGGUCAAAUGCCAUUGACCCAAAGUUGUGUAAACCUUUGAAUAUUGAAAUCAGGGAGGAGUCACAUUUGGACAAACAGCGUACUAGGUCACAAGGUCUCUUAGCUAUUGCCCCAACUGCCCUCACUCCUCAUCCUCGAUCUCCAUCAUCAAGUCUCAGCAGCUCUGCCAGUGCCCCUACACUAGAUGCUCAACAUGCAUAUUCGAGCCCUGACCUUCAAAGGUCAGGGGUCAGUGACCCAGUGGUGUCAAGGUCUCUUAGUGCUGAAGUAACAUACACCAAAGAAAAUGGAUUUCAGAGUCAACAGAAAAUCAGAGUGCCUUCUGAAAGUCAUUGUGAGGAGAAAUUCUGUUUUGUCUGUGGUCAUAGUUGCCAUUCCAAGGUAUACAAAUUGCAUGCCUAUGCUUCUGAGGAUUCCAGGGAAGCAUUCUUUCCAUUUCUUAGUAGCAGAGAACCAAGCAGGAACUGCCAAGCCAUGAGCAAAGAUGGCCAAGUUGAUGCCUGUUGGUUUUGUUACCAUUCCUUGCAAAAACAAUGGUCAGUUUACGAGGCAAUGGAAGCUCCACCGAAUCGCUGGCUUAGAUCUUACAAAACUGAAGAAAUUAACUGUUUUGCCUGUCGGAGGAAAAUCCAGAGAAGUCAGUUCCGGAGACUCUCUUCUAGAAAGUUCCCCAUUUUGAAAUCGAUGCCAACCUCCCCUGAGACUCUCCUGGUGGAGGAGGGUGGUAGUGGUAUUGUGUGUAUGAAGUGCCAUGGCUGGUUUACAGAGCAGUAUGAGAGAUUUCAGCAACUAGAAGUGGCUCCAGAUGACAUGUUUUUCAAGUUGCCAGGGGAUGCAGCUCGGGUACCCCCUGAAGAAAGCAAUCAGCCAUUGAAAAAAAUCAAAACUGAACCCAAAGAGGACCAGGAUGAGGAGGAAUAUGGGGAAAACCGAGGUGAAGAGAUUUUAGGGCUUCCCCCAGGCUCCAAGCCGCCCCCUCUGACGAUGGUUAGUUCUGCCUCUGGUGGUCCAGUAACUCGAACUACAGCCACUGUCCCUCCGCUCCAUCACCAAGCAACGUCCAGUAGUCCUGGCAACAGUUCCGUAAGCAGCAAUGCUGCUCUGAGUGCCACGAGGAAUUCCAGCUUUGCAGCAGCAUUGAGGAAGUUGGCAAAGCAAGCAGGUGAUCAACCAGACAAUCGUGAUUCCACUUCCAACACUUCUCCGACGUCAUCCAGUACGAGUCCAAGGGGUUCUUCACCUGCAAGAGGCCCUCCACCCCCAUUGGUCUAUUCCAAUAACCAAUCAGUGCGCAGUAUAAAUUCACCUCCUGUGGUGACAAUUGCCCCCACACCGUCACAUAGCACAUUAUCUGGAUUGGAUAGCCACAGGAAGGGCAUGGACCGUACCCCACUACCUGCCCACAGUGGGAUCCCUCUUAUUGAACCCCUGAACAUGACCAAAGAGAGGCUGAGCGAGCAGCACUCCCUGUCCUCUGCUCACAUGUUUCUCAGCGAGAGGCGACAAGAAGAAGACGCCCUUCGAAGUAGAGAAAGAGAGUCAGUGACUCAUUCCUCUGGACACCCAGCCAGCACCUCUCAUACCAGCACCCUGGCGGUGCCCCCUACUACCAGAGACGACCUAUUUCACCGAGGAUUCCAGCCUUACAGAGCUGGAGAGGAUCUGUCUUCACGCACAGCACUUCCUUCACAUUUUCCCUUCGAUCCAUCUCUGUACCCCUACCCUGGGUUCCUGCCGCCGCCAUUCUCACAUCCUGGCUACAGGAUGGACGACCCACUGUUGCUGGAACGGUAUCGCAUGAUGCACCCCACUUACAUGCACUACCUCCCCCCAGGCCUGAUGCCACAUCCUGGACUCCACCCCCACAUGUUAGCCGCUGCCGCCGCCACGGGGAGAUAUCCCCCGGAUCUCCUCCAGCACCAACUGGCCAUGAUGUCCCCGAGUGCUCGACCUCCGACUGACCACCGGUCACCUGUACUGAGUGAGAGGCAAAAACUUGAAGAGGAGCAAAGGAAAAGAGAACAUGAACUGGAAUUGGAGCGAGAGAGAGAACGAGAACGCCAGAGAGAGAGGGAACGUGAAUUAGAGAGAGAAAGGGAAAAAGCCAGAGAGAGGGAGAGAGAAAGGGAGAGAGAGCGCAGAGACAGUGAGGACAGGAGACGAGAACAGGAGAGACGAGCAGAAUUAGGACUAGUGGCGCCCUCACACAGCUAUCCCCAUCCCAGCUUGCCCCAGGACCUGUCUACUGCAUCAGCUGCCAGGCGAGAUUCACAUCUUGCACUUAAAAUGGAAGAAGAGGCAGCAAUGUGGAGGGAAAGAAUUAACUUACUGCAUUUUGAGAAAGACAGAAAUUUGUCACAUUCUCACCAGAGGUUUCUACAUGAUCAAAUUGCCAAAGAGCAAGAACUUGUGAAUAGAGAGCGAGAGCGUCGCCUCCAGCAAGACAAAAUUAUAGGUGGCUCUGCAAUUCCGCCCAAACUGAAACAGCCAAUGCUCUCACCAUUGGAUCUUGACCAUCAGCUUCCACCAUCAUUCCACAAUCAGCAUAAAGAGCCAAUCAAUCUCCAUCGUCCCUACGAGUCAACAGAAAAAUCAAAAUCCUCGAUAGAUUUUAGACACUUGGCUAAUGGGUUUGAGAGAUCGUCUUUCUCAGACUAUGAACGCAGGUUACGCAAUGAAAGAAUCCUUGCACAAGAUCGUUGGACAUUGCAACAGUCACCUGGGUUUGCCUCUCCUGGCAGUCAUGACAGGCGAGUUGACAGUGCAGCAGCAGAUAGUACAAAGGUCAGCCAAGACAAGCUGGAACCAGUGCCAAUUGACAGAAAUUCUGCUGCUUUGAGGUACCCCAGUAAACAGGAGAGAAGACCAGAGGUUAGUCCCAGAGCAAAUCAUUCCUAUUACAGGCCUUUUGAAACAACAUCCCAGACAGUCGAUGAACAAAAGUUGAGCAGACGACAGCCAAUACCCCCUGCAGAGUCUGACCCAAUUAAUGCACUUCAUGAGGAGUACUUACGAUAUGAGAGUAUGCUGAGACAGCAUGCCCAACAUACAGACUCCACCCCAAAAGAAUGCCGCAGCAAACUUGACAUUGAGGAAGAAAUGAUGCGUAAAGCAAGGCUCUCCAAAACAUGGAAAGGAGAGGAGGAUGAAAUAUCCCCAGAGGAGAGACGAACGCAGCAUUUAUUAACCAUAGCCUCAGGACCUCCGCUGAGGAUGGAUAAGUCGCCAAUGAAGUUGGGCUUCCUCAGCUCUUUUGGAUUAGUGGACCAGGAUAAGAAAUCAGACCUUGAAUUUGAAAAAGUUUGCAGGAGAAGGAGAUUGUACAGAGAGAGCAGUCUUAGUCCGGUGGUUGUAGACGAGGCUGAGAGGGCGACAUCUCCUCUGCAGAUUACAACCAGUUAUAAGGUAGAGGACCUAAAUCGGGAGCCAUUUUACAAGGAAAAGGCUAAUUUUCUGAAACAACUUGGGUUGGAGGCUGUUCCAUCUUACAGAAGAAGAGAAAUCGAGGUGAUACAGAGAACUUUACUGGAAGAAAGACGUCGAAGGGUGAUCCGUAUGGCACAAAGAAAGAAACAAAGGCAGCACAAAAUGUUGAAAAGACAGCAAAAGGCAGCAGAAGAUCAAAAAUCAAAUUUAGCCGAGCAGACGAUACAACCAAUCCAGCACAGCCACAGUGCACCCUCGUCACCAACCAAACCCUCGUCCCCCCUGAAGCGUACCAGGCAGAGAUCUCAGAGCCCCUGUGGGAUGAAGAGGAAGAAGAGUCAAAAUGACGCUGUCUCAUCAUCACCCAAGAGAAGAAACGUGGAUUUUUUCAAAAACUCUUCGAAAAACUCCCCUGGUUCUCCCAACAAGACUCGAAACUCCCCUGUCAAAGAAAGGGACUCCCCCAGUGCAAUUCCCAAAGGGAAGAUAAGUUGUUCCAAUUCCAAACAGGCGAUUAUUUUCCCAGAAAGUCACGAGAAACAUAAGUCGUGGAGCAGGGAGUUUGCUGAGGAGUUCCACCAGUCAGUGCUGCAGAGCACCCAGAAGCAGAUGGCAAGCAAAUCUGGAUCCAGUCUUGAGCAUUCAGGAUCAACAGAAAAUUUCCUUCGUAUUAGACGAACAAACGACCGUCCAUGUCCCGAACAAUCACCUCACAACUUGAACAACAGAACUCCAAUUGGCAACCAUGCCAAGGUGCCCUGUAAAGAUUCUUUGCCGUUUAAUAAUGCCUCGUCAUCUUCCAAAAAUGUACACCCUGGCGAUUCCCAUAGCAAUGGAUCGUGUGACAGUAAUUCCGUUUUAAAAUGGCCUGGGAUUGAGGUGCUAAUGGAGGCUUAUCAGAGACAUGUUGAAGAACAGACAAUGGAAAAAGAGUUCCUAAUGACGAAUGCCGACAGAAUGAGAAACGAAACUUUACAACUGAACAGAACGGUUCAGAGACUUAACACCAAAAUGGAGGAUCUGAUAGAGGCAAGGCAACAGUUAUCUGCUGAGGAAGAAAAAACUCAGUCUGCCAUCUUGUUACUCCAUCGCAGCAUAUCUGACCUACGAUAAAUUACACUUAUGCUGUUCUCUCGCUCAUACCACAGUUGCUACAAGCUUUAAAAGUAAAGAUGCAAAAUAUGUGUCAGUUACGAGUGUUCAUAUGAUCACAGUUCAAAGAAUUUAGAAAAAAAACCUCUAAUCAAUGUCCAUGGACUAAUGAAAAGAGUAGAUCAGUCAAAUUCUUUGGACAUUUUGCAUAGAAAUCAAUCUCGUGGUACCCCGAGGUUUAGAAUAUUGGUGCAUGUUAUAUAGUGUUUGGUUGACUGUAAACUCAGGGUAUUCUUUGUCUGAAUGUAGUAAAGAAAGUAACUGUUUCCGGCAAGUGUCGACCCACUGUGGCCCUUUAAGAAUUGUGUUUAUGUCAAAAAACUGAACUUAUUUUAAGUCUGGGAGUUUUGUCCACCUUAGUCCAAGAAAAAUGCAUGCACAAGGUAUCUCAUCUAAAAGAGCCAUGGGUGAAAAAAAUUAGCAGUUUCUUUGUUCUAGUUAAACAGAAAAAAAGUCUCGUAACCCUAAUUUUACAAUCAUCACUCUGUAGUCUUCGCUCAUUUAGAUGUUGUGCUGAAACAAUUAUGAAACACAUCAGGGAAAAAUUCCUGGUUUAAUGAUAAGUGUUGACAGAUAUUUACUUAGUCUGCAAACUGAAUGCACAAGCAGGAACAGGGUUAUAAUGUCAUUGCCAGGCAAAUAUUGUUUGUGAAUAAUAACGAAUAAAGCUGCUGAGAGUAAAUACCAUAGAAAUAUAUAUUUAUUUAGUGUACUAAAUGUGGCAAAAAUGUAAAAGUAUUAGAAUGUAUUCAUAUUGUAUUUAUGCAGAUGAUUUCACAUUAUUGACUGUGCCUUGAGAUAAAAGAAGUUAAAAUGAAGCAGUUGUAGAAUUGCAUAUUGUGGAGUACUGUUGUACUGUCGUGGUAUCUAAGUUUAAUAUAUUGUAAUGUCAUAGAUGUUGUCUGUUGUUCAUAUACUGACAGAUCAGAAAGCACUCAUACAUAUAUGUAAAUUAGUUCUUUGAGUAAUGUCCAUUUUGAAGUUAGUAUAACUAUUUUUAUCAAGUGGAAAAAAACAUCAGGUUUG